AUGGUUUUAAAAAAAAGUAAAAAUAAUAAUAAUAAUAAUAAUAUAAAUAAUAUAGUUGACUUAAAAAAAAAUUCAACUUUAGCUGAUUCAUUGAAUACAAAAAAUAAAAAGAAAAAAAGAAAAUACCAAGAAAAAUUACCUGAUUUUUCAUGUUUAAAAAAAUUAAUUUAUGAACAAAAAAGAAAAGAAAAUUCUUAUAAUUUAUUUUCAUUCAAUGAUCCAUCUAUAAAAGAGAAGAUCGAUAAAUUUAAUAAAAUAAUUGAAAACAGACAAGAAUAUUCUAAUAUUGAAACAAAUGAAGAGGAUGAAAUAAGUAAAAACUUUUGUGAAACUUCAACAUUUGGAUAUACUUUUAUUGAUAAAGUUUCUAAUUUUGCAAAUAAAGAAGAUAUAGAAGACUUAAUACAGCAUGACGAGGAGGAUGAUGAAGAAGAAGAAAAUGAAGAAGUCGAAGAAAAUGAAGAAGUCGAAGAAAAUGAAAAAGAAAAAAAAGAAGAAUAUAAUAAAGGAGUAGAAAGAAAUAAAGAAGGAAAUCUUUUUAAUAAAAAGGGUAUCAUGGACUUAAAAAAAAAAGAUAUUAUUUUAGAUCAAUUAAAAUUAAGGUUUGAUGAAUUUAAAAUAGAUACAUUAACUAUUCCUCAAAAGCCUGUUAAUUUUAUUGAUGAAAAUGGAAAGGAAAAAAAAAAAUUGUUUAUUUUUAAUAUAAAUAAUAAUAGUAAUAAAAAAAAGAACGAAAAGAAAAGAAUCCAGAUAAUAUAUGAUGAACAAAAACCAGAAGAAAAAGAGGAUAUCGUUGCUCUUGUCAACAAAAUAAAUGAUCAGAAGGAAUCCUAUUUAUAUUUUGCUGUUAAAGAUAAUGAAUUAUUAUUAAAUAAAAAUAAUGACUAUUUUAGUAUAAUGAUGCACUAUUUAUGUGAGAGAUCUAGUAAUAUAAAUAUUCAAAUGCUAUAUUAUCUAAUUAUGAAACCACCUAAUAUGGAUAUGUUAUUGUAUUUGAUUUUAACUUAUUAUAAGUUUAAUUUUCUAGAUAUAUUAGAACAUUAUGAAAAUAUUUGCAUUAAUAACAUAGUUGAAAGCACUUUUGAAGAAAUUUCCUUAUAUGAUUACUAUUACUACUUUUUUCAUAUUCUUGAAAUUUCUCAUGAACAAUAUUAUAUGUCCUUAGAGCUAUUUAAUGGAAUGAAGUUUUUAUUAGACAAAUAUAACUUUUUUUUAAGCAGAAUGCAUAGGAAUUCAAUUUUCUCUAAAACUAAAUUUGUUUUAGGUAUGGGUGAUAUUCAAAAUAUUAAAAAUAUUUUUUUAAAUACACAUCAUAAAAAAGACCCACAAAUUGAAAAUAAAAAAAUUGAAGAAAAUAAUAAAAAUAAUGAAGAUAGUACAACAGAUGGAAGUGAAAAUGAAAAUAAAAAAAAUUUUUUGAAUGACAAAAAUAAUAAAGAUGAAGAAAAUAUUAUAAAUAGAAAAAAUGGUGCUUUACAGUAUAUAUUGAACACAAAACUAGAUUUCAUAAAUUAUCAACAAAAGAAUUUUUUUAAUGAAACACAUUGGGAUGAAAUAGAAAAUUAUUAUCACUUAAAUAAUUUAGAUAAGUUAGUAUAUUUUACAAAGGAUUUAUAUUAUAAAUUUACGAAAAAAAAUAUUUAUAUGAAACUAAAUGAAAUAACAUGUGAACAAAAACACUUUGAUAAAAUACAAAUUAUUGAAUAUUGUAAAAAAAAAAUUCCAUCCUAUAAAAAAAAUGUUAAAUUUAUGAAUUUUUUAGGGGUAUAUUCUCAUUCUUUUAUUUGGCAAAUUUAUUGUUUAGAAUUAGAAUUAUUUUGCGUUUUAAAAUUCAGACGCAUCACUUUGGAAUUUAUUUCUCAUAAAGGAAACUUUUAUCAAGAAAAAGCAAAUGAAAAAGAAAGAGAAAAUGAAAAAGAAAGAGAAAGAGAAAGAGAAAAUAAAGAAAAUGAAAAAGAAAAAGAGAGAGAAAGAGAAAAUAAGAAUGAAAAAGAAAGAGAAAACAAAAAUUACAAUAAAAAUCAUAGAAAAGAUAAUAAUUACUUUUCAAGAUAUGAUGAAAAUAUUCUUAAUUUAAAAGAAAACAAUGACUGUGUUAUUACUGAAGAUAUAAUAGAAAUGUUAUAUAAAAAGAAAAAAGGAAAAAGUGAAUUAAAUGAAAAAAAAGAAGAAAGUUUUUAUAAUUUAAAAGAUGUAGAAAAUGAAAUAAAUUAUGCAUUAACUGUUUUUAGCAAUUGCGUUAAAGAAAAAAAGAUACAAAAUUUAUUCUUUCCAAUUUCAGUAGAGAUAAAUAAAAAUUUAGUUGAAAAAACGAAAUAUAUUAAUGGAACCCCUUUAAAUGAAUUUAUAUAUAGUGAGUUUUUAUCAGGAAUUGACUUAAAAUUACGAGUUUUUAAAUUAAAAUGUAUAAUGGUAAAAAUUAUAAAACAUAUCUUAACAUUUUUAAAUUUUGAUUUUCUUAUUAUUCUUAAAUGUUCCAGAAUAUUUUUGAAAGAAGAUAAUCUACUUAUAAAUGCAGGAAUGCCUUUAGGUUUAUUAUCAAAUAAUACCCUAUAUUUUCUUUUAAAUAAUAUUGAUGAAACAAUAGCAACAAAAACAUAUAGUAAAACUAUUUUUUAUUACUUACCUCCAGAAAUAAUAAAUAAACUAGAUACGCAUAAUAAAGAACAUAUAAAGGAAAAUAAUAAAAAAGACGGAAACUUCAUUUUUGAAGAAAAAAAAUUUAAUAAUAAUAAUUGUUUUUUAUUUGAUGAUAAAAUUAAAUUACAAAAAGCAUAUUCAUAUAUGAUUGGGAAAAUAUUUGAAGAAACAUUAAUUGAUACUUUUACAGGAGACAAGUUCGAUUAUUUCAAUUUUGAUGAAGAUGUUAAAAAUUUUUUGUUAUGUUGUCUUGAGGAAGACAUAGAAAAAAGAGAACCUCUUGAAAAUUUAUUAAAUCACAAAUGCUUUUUUAACUGUUUUGAUCUAUAUAUAAAUAUUUAUGAUGAUAAAAUUAAUUCAUACAAAAAUGAUAAAGAAAAGGCAAUUCGGUUACGAGAUUUAAACUAUAUAAAUAAUUUUGAUUACAACAUUUUUAGUAUUCCACAUGAACACUCAUCGAGGCCCCCUUCUUUUUCUCGUUCAAAACCAUCUACUGAAUCUAGUCAAUUCUCCACAUCAAAUACAUAG